AUGAGCAAUAAAGCUAUCGCUGAAGUGAUACAUAGCGAUAUAAAAAUAAAUAUAUUCAAUGAAAAUGAGAAAGAGAAAAAAUUUAAAGACACCAAAGACUCGGAAGAGAAAAAGGCGGAUGGUAAAAUUAUUGCCAAGAAUAAGGGCUUAGAGAUGAAAGACCAGGUAGUCGGUUACGUGGAGGGGAUUAGUUGGCACGAGAGUCAUGGAAUUAACAAAGACGAAGAUCAGAGGAAACAUAAGAUGCCAAUUGCGAAUCGAUCUACGUGGAUAGAACACACGCCUUACGGCCAACCUGGUGGGAUUGACUCGCCCUUAAACUACGACCCAGAGAGCAGGAAUUACUUCGUCAAGUUCGUCUUUAUAAUGCUUUUCAUCAUGCUGCUUCUGACAAUUGGAUUCGUUGCCCUAGUAUUGGCUACGUAA